AUGAACGGGGCGGAAAAGUCUGCAGCUGGUGACACCUACGAUCCCAGUACGAUACCGGAUUACGACCGAGAAUUCAUCCAUCCCGAUGACUUGCGCCAAUUCGAGCUUGCCUUGACGGACCAGGGCGCGUCACCGCUGGUUGCCCUCAACGACUGGCGCCCCAUCUACCAACGGGUCAGGCGCGAACGUGGGCGCCGCAAAGAGCCUAGGCGGACCAAGGAUGAGACCAGAGAAGGUGUGCUAUACACAGUUCUGAAGUGGCCCUUUUUGUUCACCGUCUUUGGUUGGAUCACGGCCCUCGCCUUUGCCUACACACUCACCCGCGUUUACAUCUUCCUGUAUGAGCAGUGGGUAACAUGGCGGGGCAGAAGACAAAGCCUCAGAAGGCAAUUACACGCGCAGACCAAUUACCCCGACUGGCAGAAAGCCGCACGAGCCCUCGAUGAUCAUCUGGGGAAUCAGAGGUGGAAGGAGAUCGACGAAUACGCCUACUACGAUCAUCUUACAAUAAGCAACCUAGUGAAACAGCUGAAGAAGGUGAGGCGGGAGGUGGAACGUGAAAGGCGUGAGAAACGUCGCGGCUCAGGCCAGUCGCCUGCAGCUGAAGAAUUAUGCACGCUACUGGAAGCGUGUGUCAAGAACAACUUUGCUGGAGUGGAGAAUCCCCGACUCUACAGUGAGGCUUACUCCGGUACCAAAAACUUGGUACAGGAAUACAUCGAUGAGCUGCAUGCGUGCAUACAACUGGUCGCAGACUCGAAGGGCAUCACUAGCGAGGAGAAAUUACAGCAUUUCAAGCAUUUGGACACCAACUUCGGACGAACCGCCCUUUGCCUGUCUGGGGGCGCUACAUUCGCUUAUUACCACUUUGGAGUAGUGCGAGCGCUACUGGAUAAUGGGGUUCUGCCGGAAAUAAUCACGGGCACGUCAGGAGGAGCGCUGGUCGCUGCACUGGUUGCUACCAGGACCGACGAGGAGUUGAAGCAGCUGCUGGUGCCUGCUCUAGCGCAUCGCAUUAGGGCAUGCCAGGAGAGCUUCCCGACUUGGGUAUGGCGAUGGUGGCGGACAGGAGCGCGAUUUGAUACUCUGGAUUGGGCCCGACAAUGUAGCUGGUUCUGCAGGGGCUCAACCACAUUUCGGGAGGCAUACGAGCGAACAGGGCGCAUUCUGAAUGUAUCUUGUGUGCCAUCUGACCCUCACUCGCCUACAAUCUUGGCCAACUACCUAACUUCACCUAAUUGCGUAAUAUGGAGCGCAGUGCUCGCGUCUGCUGCAGUCCCCGGUAUCUUGAACCCAGUCGUCUUGAUGACGAAGAAACGCGAUGGGACACUGGCGCCGUACUCGUUCGGACACAAAUGGAAGGAUGGCAGCUUGCGCACCGACAUCCCUAUCAAAGCGUUAAACCUCCACUUUAACGUCAAUUUCACCAUCGUUUCACAGGUAAACCCACACAUCAACCUCUUUUUCUUCAGCUCCCGAGGCACAGUAGGCCGACCAGUCACGCACCGCAAAGGCCGCGGCUGGCGCGGAGGCUUCCUCGGCUCUGCGAUAGAACAAUACAUCAAACUAGACAUGAACAAAUGGCUCCGAGUCCUGCGGCACCUUGAACUCCUCCCGCGGCCCAUGGGCCAAGACUGGAGCGAGAUCUGGCUGCAAAAGUUCAGCGGUACGGUAACCAUCUGGCCCAAGACCAUUCCCUCGGACUUCUACCACAUUCUCUCAGACCCCAACCCGGAGCGCCUCGCCCGCAUGCUCCGCGUGGGCCAGCAAAGCGCAUUCCCCAAACUCCAAUUUAUCAAAAACAGACUAAAGAUCGAAAUCGCCGUCGUCAAAAGCCUACAGAAAUUCGCGCACGCCGGCGGCAGACCGAUCUCUCCGGCGCCGUCUCGCUGGCGCCAAAAUAACGACCCGGAUAACCACUACAAUCCAAGCCCCCGCACCGAUCCCCUGAACGAACGCCUGGACCACAACCUUCCCGAACGACGCGGGGACAACGUUAACAUCACAUUCGGCGAGGGCGGCGGCAGAGAAGAUACGCAUUUACUGGACGGAUCGCUGUCGGAGAAUUCAUCGAACGAAUCUGCCGCGCGGCCGUCUUCUUCGUCUUCGUCUUCUCGGCUGCUGCGGGUCCCGGAACACCGUCGGGGUAGUACGGGGAGUAGUAUCUUUGAGGAGGUGAGGCGACAGUCGGCGGUUUUCUUUGAUGAUGUGGAUAUGUACGGCGAUGAUGAGGCGCUUAGGCCCGGAUGA